AUUUUGGCAGUCUAUCAAUAUUAUGUGUCAAGGGGUCAUUUUCAACUCUUAUAAACCUCAGAGGUAUCUUUUCUCCAUGAAUUUUCAAUCAUUUUAUAUAAAUAAAAAAUGUUAUACGUUAUACUUGUAUAUUUUAGCAAAAUAUUUAUAUAUUUUAAUGUACCAGAGAAGUAAAUAAAUAGCUUCCGCAUGUCUUUAAACAGAAUGAGGUUCAUUUACAGACCUCAUCCGCUUUCUUUCAUUUUUGUGCAAUCAAAAAACCUGGCACAUCCAGCAUUAUCGCACUGGAAUAUUACGACAUGGACCAUAUCUUAUUGGAAAAAACAAAGGGAAAAUCUGAAAAAGGGACAAAUCUGAAAGAAUUUCAUGAAGAUAAAAAAAAAUUAUAAGAGUUAUACAAUACAGCAGUGUACUGUAUUUCAAACUUGGCCACUUUUAAGAUGUGUGGACUACAAGUUCCAAAAUUCUUGCUCCUGGCUGGGGAACUCUGGGAUUUGUAGUCCACAUCUUAAAGGGCCUCUGGUGGCUCAGACUGCUAAGACAGCCUGUUAUUAACACAGCUGCUUGCAAUUAUUGCAGGUUCAAGUCCCACCAGGCCCAAGGUUGACUCAGCCUUCCAUCCUUUAUAAGGUAGGUAAAAUGAGGACCCAGACUAUUGGGGCAAUAAGUUGACUUUGUAUAUAAUAUACAAAUGGAUGAAGACUAUUGCUUAACAUAGUGUAAGCCGCCCUGAGUCUUCGGAGAAGGGCGGGAUAUAAAUGCAAAUAAAAAAAAAAGUUGCUAAAGUUUAGAAGCCUUGCAAUAUUAAAUGUCAAUAGGAUUGCUAAGGAUGGCUACAAAAGGCAUAUAUAUACCCAUGUCUUAGUCUUCUCUACAUACAAGUUCACGUGAUCAUUGAUUAAAGAACCUGAUCCUUUACCUGCUCAGGGUUCUCUGUUCUGGCUUUACUGAACUGAACCCUAUAGUAAAUGAGGAAAUUCGUCGGUCACCCCGGCCCUUUGGAUCAACAGAAAAAACCAAAAACUCUUGAACUCUCCGUAAUUAAGCCUGCUGCUAGCAAAUCACCCGUCGGCGGGGUGGGGGAGGCAUUCUAAAGGCUAAGUAGGAGCAAGUAGUAGCGGCAGAAACUCUUGUGAAUUGCAACGUUCGGAAUUCUAGACGCCUUCGGGGAAUCCCCAAACAUCCAAGAGGCGGACCAGGAUACACUGCCGCGGAAACUGGAGGCUCGCAGUAGCAGGCAGGCCGGCAGGCCUCGCGAGAAAAGGCGGUUUUUGAAGGCUGCGGCUCCUCCUCCUCCGGCAGCGAAUGGGCGGCUGAGCCAGGCCUGCGUGGAGGAGGAAUAGCGCGAGAAACCGCCGGCAGUCUGUGCUGAGCGAGGAGACCGGCUCGGCCCGCAGCAGGGAAGUCGCUCCAGCGUGCUUGCUUGCUUGCCGGCGGCCGGCGCCGCAACCCCCGUCAAGAUGUCCGGCGGGCGGGUGUGCGCUGCCUGCGGCGGCUCCGACAUCGAAGUGGACUCAGCCCGGGGCGAUGCCGUCUGCACCGGAUGCGGUUCGGUGCUGGAAGACAACAUCAUCGUCUCCGAGGUGCAGUUCGUGGAGAACAGUGGCGGAGGCUCCUCGGCGGUCGGACAGUUCGUCUCCCUCGACGCAGCAGGAAAAACUCAAACUGUUGGAGGAUUUCAUGUCAACUUGGGAAAGGAGUCGCGGGCACAGACUUUGCAAAAUGGAAAACGCCAGAUCCAUCAUUUGGGGAACCAGCUGCAACUAAAUCAACAUUGUCUUGAUACAGCCUUCAACUUUUUCAAAAUGGCGGUGAGCAAGCAUUUAACCCGUGGGAGGAAGAUGACCCAUGUCAUAGCAGCAUGCCUCUAUUUGGUGUGUAGGACAGAAGGCACUCCACACAUGCUGCUUGACCUCAGUGACCUCCUUCAGGUGAACGUCUAUGUGCUGGGAAAAACGUUCCUUCUGUUGGCCCGAGAGCUCUGCAUAAAUGCUCCAGCUAUAGAUCCGUGUUUAUAUAUUCCUCGUUUUGCACACAUGCUCGAGUUUGGUGAUAAGAACCAUGAAGUCUCCAUGACAGCUUUAAGGCUCCUGCAGCAGAUGAAGAGAGACUGGAUGCACACAGGUCGACGGCCAUCAGGGCUUUGUGGUGCAGCUCUUCUUGUUGCAGCAAGAAUGCAUGAUUUUCGGCGCACUGUUAAAGAAGUAAUCAGGGUGGUUAAGGUUGGUGAAUCAACGUUAAGGAAAAGACUUACAGAAUUUGAAGAUACACCUGCAAGUCAGCUAACAAUAGAUGAGUUCAUGACCAUUGACCUGGAAGAGGAAUGUGAUCCGCCUUCAUUUACAGCUGGUCAACGAAAGAUAAAGAUUCAACAGCUUGAGAAGGAAUUGUCAAAAAAGCUUGAAGAAUUAGAAGGUGAAAUAACAAGCUAUCAAGAUGAAAUAGAGAAUGAAUUAGAAAAUAGCCGGCCCAAAGCAAAAGGAGUGUAUGCAAAUUAUAGCAAGGAUGAUUGCAUAGAAGAUACUAUUUCAAGUAUAUUUGGAGAUGAGGAUGGAGAAGAUGAAGAACUGGCAGCAGCUGCAAAUCAUCUGAACAUGGACUUUUAUAAUGAACUGCUUGAUAAAGACAGAUCAAAGGAAAAAGAAAUUUCCGUAAGGCCAUCUGCUCUGGAAUCACUGCUUGGACCUCUUCCUACUGCAGCCAGUCUUGGGAUAACAGAAUCUAUAAAAGAAUGUAUAUUGACUAAAGACCGAGACCAUAAUGAAAAUACUGGAGAUGGUGAAUUAGAUCUAAGUGGAAUUGAUGACAGUGAAAUAGAUAUGUACAUACUUAAUGAUUCAGAAGCCAGGAUAAAAGCAGAACUGUGGAUGAAGGAAAAUGCAGAUUAUCUCAAGGAACAAAAGGAAAAAGAAGCAAGGAUAGCAAAGGAAAAAGAGCUUGGUAUCUAUAAAGAACAUAAGCCCAAGAAGUCUGCAAAGAAACGGGAGCUGAUCCAGGCCAGCACAGCAGGAGAGGCAAUUGAAAAAAUGUUGGAACAGAAGAAGAUUUCAAGUAAAAUUAAUUAUAAUGUGUUAAGGGACCUCAAUAGCAAAGGAGGUAGCACACCAAAGAAAGAUGAUGAUACCACUGAUGACAGCACCAGCACCAAGAAGUUAUCAAGGAGAAAGUCUCUUGUGAAUCGAAAUGUGGCCAAUUCAGUAAACCCCGUGGGGAAAAGGCUAAGACCCUUGAUUUCAACCCAGCUAGCCAAAAAGCUGGCCACAGAAGAGGCAGUUUUUCCAAGUACUCAGACAGAAACUGAAAAGGUUGAAAAAUCAGGAACUGUGCUGGUGGAAACUGGGCCAGUAUCUUAUAAUCAUGAGGAGGAUGUGGAAGAGGAAGAAAUUGAAGAGGAGGAGGAUCAUUGCGUGAGCGCCCUUAAACUAAUGGGAGGAAAUGAUUAUGGCUGCGAUGUGGAAGAUGACGAUGGGUAUUAAACUUUUCUGUCUUCAAAUGGAAAUCGUGGGAGAAGCCACUAGUAGUAAAAACAACUCUUCCUGCCUUGGAAACAAAGGUUAUAUUUGCUAUGGAUUCCUGUCAGUUUCCCUUGACCUACAGGCAGGCACUGGAGCUUGACUUUAGAAUACUUGAAAUGUUUCUGAUUUGGAUCAUGACAUAAGAAAAAGAUUAACUGAAGCAUCAGUUCCAGAGAUGAAAGAAGAGCCAAGUGGCUACCCAAACGUCCUUUGGACUUUCCAUGUCCUGGAUUGAAUAAUAUAUAUUGCUGUAAAAAUAUGUACAAAGAAGAAGAAUUGUUACAGAAUGCUCGACUUCCGUGUGAAUAUAUUUGAGACUUGAACUUUUUUAAAAAAUUGAACAUUUUUGAGUUAUACUGUUUACAUCAAUAGGAUUCUCAAAGCAGAAGUUUGUUUCUGCUAUAGCAUUCAUAUUUUCAUGCUUCAGAAGUGGUGAAUCAUAUCAAAAUGGGAAGACAGCUUCCUUUGGAAACAAGUUCAAAUGUGUUCUUUGUUUGUUUGUUAAUACUAUCCUAGGAUCAGACCAUUGCUUGCCUAUAAUCUCUAUGUCAGUGUAAGAUAGCAGUUAUAUUUCUUGUUUUUAAUUCCUUACAAAAAGUUGCUGUAUUAGACUGGAGACCUCAUGGGUGGUGUUGCUGUUGUUCAAAGCUGCUUUGCAAGGCGAGUUAUUUUGUGUUCCAAGAAAAUUAAUCUAGGUCUUCCUUUACACUCACUGCUACUAUUAGAGAUGGGGCAAGCAAAGGCUAGGCUGACGACAGAAGGAAGGAAAGCUCAACAGAUUAACAUCUGACACCCCCCCCCUUUUUUUUUUUCUGACCGAGGACCAUUUCACAAGCUUUCUGUCCCCCACCCCAGGUUUUAUUUUUUUAAUUUUAAAAACAAGAUGAUAUCUCAGGGCAAUUUCUGUCCUCUUGGCAGAAGUGUCAGAUUUCUCUCCAAGGUAAUGUCUUUGUUUUGUUUUUUUAAGCAAGUAGUUUGAACUAUUUUUUUUACUCUUUGAUGCAGAGUAAUUUUAUAUUAUGUAAUGAUGUCAUUAAGGAUGUAUUUAUAGCUCAACAGUGCAAGAGGCUCAUCUAUCACUAUUUUAUCAGUUGAUCAGUUGGUAUAAUUAGCACCCUGAGGAAUGUAAAACAGACUAGUAGUUUCCCCACUUAAAUUGUGUAAGACAGAUUUUAGCUCUGGUUCCUGGAACAUUUUUGUACCACUACAUUUAUUUGUUAUUAGAAGCAGAAGCAUUAAUGACAGUUUUCAUCUUUUGUUGAACAAACGAAAGUAGCUUUAUGGAAAAUAGUUUUUCCUGUUUAAGUGAAAGACACCCAGUUUUCAUGCUGAUCUUUAGCCAAACUACCUCUUUUUGCCAAUGCUUAACUAUACCAACUCAAAGUGGGAUGGUGCUUUUAUUUCAUCCGCUUGAAGAAUGACAUGGAAGCCAUUUUUUUCCCUUUGUUUCCAAGACCAGGAUCUCAAAUGGCAAGCUGUGUCUUAAUUAUACUACUUCAGUUUGCAAAUUGGAAUUCCCAUGAGGAAAUGGCAUUCCAUGCAAAUGACCCUUUCCAGAUAGGCAACUUAGCAUAGUAGAGGGAAAUGCUGGCAUUUUUUUUAAUACAAAACAGCUUUCAAUCAAUGAACACUUCACACUUAGACUGGCAGACUUGGGCCAGGUACAGAUUUAUCACCUUAUUAAACUCAAGGUGCUGGUUAAAGGUCAGCAAUAUGUACAAUAAGAAAAAAUAUGGCUAGUCCAGUGAGCUAUUCCUGUGUGAGGGACACUGAAUUACUAUAUUAGUACUUGUAAAAUUACAACUCUUUUUUCAAUAAUACUUUGUCCGGCUUUACUCUGAAAAAGAUUGUUAUGGUAACAUAAUUUAUUCAUUGCUAGAGGAACAAGCAAAACAAAUGCUUUUUUGUAAGCACUGAAUUAGGAGUUUGCCAACAAUUAGCUUGAGCAGCUGCUGCUUUGCCUUAUGGCUGGGAUGAGAAACCUGUAUCCCUCCAGAAGUUGCUGAUCUACAACUUUUGGCAGCCCCAGCCAGCAUGGCCAAUGAGGAAGGAUGCUGGAGGCUGACAUCCAACACCAUCUGGAGGGCCACAGGUUUUGCAUCUCGGUCUCAUGAGUUCAU